UGUCUCUUUCCUUCUCUAAGAUCAAACUGUCUUAGUAACACCUCUUCACGGUGUUCACCAUGUUUUUCACUUGGGUUGCUACUUAGCCUGUUAUCUCAUCUUUUCAUGGUAGAGAGAGGGGGGACUAUAAUGAUUUUUGCUUUUAAGGGAGAGGGGAGUGUAAUGUUUAUGUUGUCAUUUUGUCAUGAGUUUGUUUUGAAUUUCCUAUUAAAAUGGGUCCAUCACUCCCACUUGGUGAAGUCAUCAGGGCCCUCAUUUUGCACCUUUAACAUCUCUCAGUGUCAGUUUGAAAUGGGAUGAGCUUGUCCUCACAUUCCUAUUGGCUGUAAAUCUGGACCCUGAUAUGAACCUACCAUUGAGCAGAACCGCUCCACUGCCUGUGUAGCCUUGGGUAGGCCCCUUAACCUCUUGGUUUAAGUCUUGGCAGUUGUAAAAAUGUGAGAGGGCUAUGAAUUUAUAUCUGGGGCAGAACAAAGUUGAGAAGAGUGUGUCUUUGCUUUUAUUCUUUCAAACUGGAAUGACUCCCCUUUUCCCCAUGGGUGCAUAUCUCACUUGUCCUUCAGGCCCACUGCCAAGGAGCCUUCCCCGAUUCCCCAGUCCACACAAAUCUGUUUCUCUUCGGGUUAGUACCAUACAGCCUAGUGUCUCUUAGGUCAAUUUUGCCUCUCAGGCCAAUCUCAGAAUGUGGGUUCUGUUGCCCUCCCCUGGCACCAGGGGCUGUGCCAGCCCACAGGCAUGCUCCCCAGGGGGUGACCACUAGACUAGGGCACGCGUGGGGAGGCCCAGGUGUGAGGGGUCAGGCAAGGUGCCUCUCUGCCUUCACUCUGCUCUCCUCCAAAAAACCUCGAGAGCCUGCAGCCUGCCCCUCGAGUCACAGGUUCCUUAUAUGACCUCACUGGGUAGUGAUGACCUCACAGCCCUUAUCACAGUUUCCAUGGCAGGGUAACUGCGCAAACGUGCUGCUCUCGGAGAAACUUCCCUACCAGUCCUCUACCAGAUAGCAGUCUUCGGCUGUGUAAGAGAGAAUGUCUGAUCGAAUCUUCUAUAUUCACUCUAACUUGUCCUCUGUCCCCUGGGAGGGCAAUGCAGCAGCAGCUGUGGCCCCCAUUUCCCCUCCUACACCUGGUCACUACCAUGUCCUCUACCGAGGGUGUGGAGAAAUGCAGGUAGGCUGGCAUGGGGAGACAUACUGCCUGGUCGGUGGCUACCGGGCCUAUGGGGAUGCUCCUGUGGCCACCCCAGCCAAGGUGGAAGCAGAGAAGCCAGUCCUCAGCCGCACUCCCAAGAGACAGCAAGCUCUGGUGGAGUCGGAUAAAGACCUCAGUUGCUCCAGCCCCAAAAUUCAGCAACUGCAGCAUGGUGGCAGGAGGCUGACCCUGCAGAAGCUUGCCAGCUGAGCCACACUCUGAAGAGAGGGCAAUGGUUUAAAUGCUGCUUCCUGCAGUGACCACCACUGCCACAGAUUAGAACCUGUGCCAUUCUGUCUGGCCCUUCCUUCCUCAACCAGGAACCUCCUUCCACACUAAACGGCCAUGAGCAAGGAACCUCAGAAACAGAGUUGAGAGUCUCCUCUGAACAUCCCAGGACUGAAGCUGGCCUGGAAGAAAACCUGAUGUUCCUCUGCUCAAUUCUCGGGAGCCCCUUUGUGGGCAGAAGAAAGAACAAUCUGCACACUGUGAGCCAAAGAGGACCCAGAAGCAGAGAGAAGUGUGGAGUGGCCUUCGCAGGGGCCCUGUCUACCACACAGGCUCCUGCCUGAGCCACUGGCCAGCUGCCACCACCACACACCAAGGGGAGCUGGGCUUUUCAAAACUGAAAGAAGCAAUGUGCAACUUCCCAAAGAGCCUCCUGCCUUGGAUCAGGAGGCAGGAUAAAGAGACCCAGGAAGACCUGCUCCCUGGAGCAAGAACAUGAUGGAGAGUCAAGUGGCAGCCACCCCUCCCCAAGGCUCACAUGCUCCUUUACUCCCAGCCCUUUCUGGCCCCAACGGGGUC